ACUGCCCGCUCGGGCCAGCCAGCACUGGGCCGUGUCAGUGACGAGCCCCCCGGGCCUGCGGCGGGAUGGACCUGGCCUACGUCUGUGAGUGGGAGAAAUGGCCCAAGACCACGCACUGCCCCUCGGUGCCCCUGGCCUGCGCCUGGUCCUGCCGCAACCUCAUCGCCUUCACCACAGACGUGCGGAACGAGGACCAGG